AAGAAGAUAGAUAAAACUGAGCCUCAAGAUGAUAAGCCAAUGAUAGUUGUUCUAAAAAUAUGCAGCAUCCUCCGCUAUUUCCUUUUCCAGUUCCCAGCCCUGAAAACAGUAGAAGAAAUUGUGUCAUAGCUUUCACCACUCCACAAAACUACGCACCAAGAUUGUCUGAACUUAUACAUCUCAAAGGAUGGACACCCCUUUGGUGUCCUACCGUCAUUGUUGAAUCUACUCAACAAACAAUCUCUUCCAUUCAUCACUACCUCAAUCCACAAGCUGGUAUCGAUGAACCCAAUUCGUUUCUUGAAGAAUUUUCAGCUCUAGCAUUCACUUCAAGAACUGGGAUUACUGCUUUUUCACAAGCUUUAUCUAUUAACCCCACACCCCCAUUAACCCCAAAUGGAGAAAUUCUCACAAUUGCUGCUUUGGGUAAUGAUGCUGAGCUUCUGGAUCGAGAAUUCAUUCGAAAAAUGUGUGAAAACCCUGAAAGAAUUCGAGUUUUGGUUCCUUCAAUUGCAACCCCAUCUGGGUUAGUGGACGCAUUAGGAUUAGGCCAAGGAAGAAAAGUGUUAUGCCCAGUUCCGUUAGUGAUUGGGUUGAAUGAACCACCUGUUGUGCCGAAAUUCCUUGAGGAUUUAUCGAAAAGGGGAUGGAUUCCAGUGAGAUUAGACGCGUAUGAGACGCGAUGGGCAGGGGCGAAAUGCGCGGAGGAUGUGGUGAUAAAGAGUGAAGAGGAGUGUGGAUUUGAUGCAAUUGUGUUUACUAGUACUGGAGAAGUGGAGGGUUUGUUGAAGAGUUUGGAGGAAUUUGGAUUGGAUUGGUCAAUGGUGAGGAGGAGAUGUCCAAGAAUGGUGGCAGCAGCUCAUGGCCCUGUUACAGCUGCUGGUGCUGAGAGUUUGGGUGUUGGCAUUGAUGUGGUAAGUUCCAAUUUUGGUAGCUUUAAUGGUGUUGUUGAUGCACUAGCUCAUAAAUGGAAAUCAUUGGAAAAUCAAGAAUCUUGAAAUUUGGUUUUUGUUGUGAAUUCUUUGUUACCAAAAUCAAGAAUCUUGAAUUUGGUUUUUGCUAAUCAUGGAAGGUUUGAUGGAGCUAGAAUUGUUGUAAAUGUGUCUAGCAAACCUCUUUCAAAAUGGAUUUAACAAUUUGCUAUUUAGAGCCAAAAUUUCUUUAAUUGUCUAGUCACAGCCUUUUGUAAUUCUAGAUAUGUGUUUUUGGUUGGAAGUUUUAGUAAUUUUGAUGUUGUGAGUUCCAAAGUUUGAUAGAAUAGAUGUUCAUGUGGAUGCA